AUGCCCCCGUCGCCUCUCGCUACCGGCAACUCCAACCCCAACCCAACGUCUCCCGAAGCACCACCCAAGCGCCGGAGACUCAAUUUUGCUUGCAAUUACUGCAGAAGCAGAAAGUCCCGAUGCGAUGAGCAGAAGCCGUCGUGCCGUGCUUGUCUGACGGCCGGCAUCCCCUGCGUCACCGUUGAUAAGCGCCGGCCCGGAGUGUCCAUCACACGGCACGAAGCCGGUGCAACCCCGGGUAGCAAUAGCACGCAGGCAACGGCAACAGUGACUAGUCCGACUGUGCAGACAAACUUUCGAAGAGCAUCACUUAUAGAUGCCCCCGCAGAGCCUGCUCCGGUACCCACCCCGUCAUCACAGUCCCAGCACAGAAGACCUAGUACUGUAGUGCCUCUUACACCUCGCUCGGCCAAUGAGCUGCAGGAAGAGACCAAUGCUGGUCGACCAUGGAAUCCCCCUCCAAGGCGCGUACCAGAUGGCGGCACAGACUUUGCUGCCGAUAUGCACGCCGAGACUGAUCAUGUCACUCAGACGACCAAGUUCUCCGGCCGCCUGCCCAUGAUGAGGCCGAGCUCGGGAAGUUGUACAUCGGAGCUAUUGACCGACUGGCUUGAUCUCGCAUUUCACCGUCUUGGUUUACGCAAACGACUGGGUCCUCUUCUCACACCGGCCGAGUCAAACACACCCUUUCAGCAACCUCUUCUCGUCCAAGAGACACCUCCCUUUCCGGACCAUGCUACUUCCCAAGAAUUACUCUUUUUAUACCUAGAGGAAGUCAAUGCUGUCUUUCCUGUGCUUGAUGCAGCCAAGACUGGGCAGAUGCUAGAUAUUGCUCUGCAACUCGGUCCGGCGCAAUUUGCACAUGAGCAUGGCUUCCUGCCACUGCUGCUUAUAUACUUGGUGCUUGGCCUCGGUGCCCUGAGCCACGAGCGGAAAGAAUGGAGAGAUUACUCGGCGUCAAAUCUCGAUUUCUGCCGGAGCUUUGUUGGUCAUAUGAUUGGCUGGAAUACAAUUCAGGCCGUUCAGUUAAUGUUUCUCGUGUCGCUUUGUCUCAAGAGUCAUGAUCAAAUAUCAGCCGCGUGGUCGGCCCUUGGUUUAUGCGUCUCCAUGGCCAUGUCCCAAGGCCUGAGCCGACCUGCUUCCCCACCGCGAAGAGGGCAAACCCAGCAUUCGGUCAAUACAACCAAAUCCCAUCAUGAGGGCGAUAGGCUACGAACAUGGUGGUGUAUAUACUGCUUCGAGCGCAUACUAGCUUUCGAGCUGGGACGGCCACCCUUGAUUCUGGACGAGAGCUGCCAGGAUUUAGAUCCUGGAAGCUGGUCCUUUUCGACCAAUGGGCGCAGCCAUCCGCGCCCUUCUUUUUUGCGCAUACUUGGGAGCUUUGCCGAUCUUCUCGGUGAGAUCAGCCGACUUGCAACUCAUUCCAGAAACACUGAGGAGACUGCUGGGAGUAGCGGCCUCGACAUUGCUGUCAGAGACAAGGUCAAAACGAUUGGUGAUUCGUCCACCAGGUUGAUACGGUGGGCAGAUGAUCUCCCCGACGAAUACAAACCGCGGUCCGACUUUAUAUAUGAUCCUGGAAUCUUUCCAUUCACUUCUUUCAUCGCAUUGCAGUAUAAUCAAGCUCUGCUUAUGCUCAUGCGUAACAGCUUGUUGGUCAGUAACAAGGCCAUACAGAUGGCUAUCGAUGCUGUGGCACCUGGUACCCCCUUUGAACAUGUCAUCCGCAACGGACCAACGCUCGCGAUCAACUCUGCGAGACGCACAGUGCAGCUUCUCAUUGAGGCAGCCGACUCUGACAUGAAACCUCUUUUGCCUUCCAUAUCUGUGCCAUUGCAUGCACUGUACAUUCUCUCGGUGAACAUAAUCAGAAAUCCCAAGUCCAGAAUGGCCAAGUCGGAUCUCAACCUCAUACACGAUGCAGCAGAUUUCACCAAACAACACAAUGAGCUUUUCACCGCGGACGGCAAACUCCAUGCCGUUUUAGACAAGCUUGAAUUGCUCAUCAGAAAAAUGAUGUCUUCAUCCUCGGCCACUACGCCGCGGGUGAUGGCUGCACAGAGAGCCGGGGUGGCAGCCACACAGGCCGGUAACGUGGUACAACAGCACAGUGUCCCUGAAGGCUCGGAGACCCAACACCCAGCUGGCCCAGGCCACCCAGGGCCACCAAAUACCUUUGAUCCGCCGUCGUACGAACAGAUGGACUUUGCCAACAUGGACUUUAGCGCAGCGUUUGGCGAGUCGCCGGCCAUCUCUCUAGAGUCGAUAGACGCCGGCUUUUCACCCGAGGUCACCCACGAUAUUGGGUGGGACUGGGUGGAUUUUACCCAGCUCUUCCCCGAGACCUUAUAG